CAAAAAAUCUUAUAUAUCAAUCUCCUCAAACACAUUAGAAUAAAUUAUUAAAAUGCUGAGAGUUUCAACUUGGCCCAAGUACUCCUUAAUAAAAAGAAUCAUUCUUAUAGCCAACACAAAAUCUUCAUUAUCCCUACUUCAAAUUUCGAAUAAUUCACUACUCGGGCUUAGACAAAUGAGCCAGAAGGCAGAGCCAAAGAAUCAAAAUAUGCCUGGCCAACAUGAAAAACUUCCAUCUGAUUUUCCUACUACCACAACGCCACCAAUCACCACAACCACCGAUCCGCCACCGGCGGUGGCGGAUUCACCUUUUGUACCAGAUUUUGAUGCUAUUCCACCCAUAAGACCAGGUGAAGACCCCCCAACGCCAUCGCCGUCGCCAACUGCACCACGAAUUGACAGUCCAGAAUUUUCUGAACCGCCGAACACCUCGCCGCCUAGCCAAGAAGCACCACGGCCACCGACUUCGCCACCUGGACUGCCGGAAGCGUUUCCACCACACGCUCCGGAUGUCUUGCCUCCUAAACCUCCAGAAUCUGGAGAGCAAAUUAGAUAAUCUAAUAUCAGAUCUGAGUAGUGGAGUACUAUUAUUUAAGGAUAAAUAUGUAAAAUGUAGAUUCAGGUUCCCGUUUUAUUGA